AUGUCGGCGGACGAAUCCUCUUCCUACGCACCAAAGUCGCCGGAUCUCUCAGCGCUCUUCUCGGCAGCCCCCACGGACCAGCCCCCCGCCCCGCCGCCUGUCAACUCGGCCUACGUGCCACCCGACCCAGCUGUUGCUUCUCCCUCCUCUGCACAUCCCCACUACACUGAAAACAUCGCAUACAUUCCGGCGCACCACCGCCCCCAGCCCCAGCACCUGCAGCAGCAGCCCCAGCAGCAGCAGCGCCAGUUCUCGCAGCUCCCGCAGCAGCUCUCGCCAAGCUCGUACCCCAAUCAUAUAGCUGCAUACGGGCAUCACCAUCAGCCUCGAAGCUUUGAGCCGACGCCAUUGUAUGCGCAGCCGCACCCAGAGCAGCCAAACCACCCUCCCGUGACAGCCGAGCUUCACCACCUCCCGCACGCCACCGCUGUACCCGUUGGCGCCCCUCCGCAGCAGGCCCUGCACCUCCAGACACAAAUGCCUCCACGAAGGGCAGCAGCGGCCGCGGCCGUCAUCGAAGAACCCAUCAUCGAGCCGUCCCCCGUGCGGACAAAGUUCCCCACGGCCAGAAUAAAGCGGAUCAUGCAGGCCGACGAGGAGGUCGGCAAGGUCGCGCAGCAGACCCCCAUCGCCGUCGGCAAGGCCCUCGAGCUCUUCAUGGUCCAGCUCGUCAGCACGAGCGCCGACAUCGCCAAGGACAAGGGCUCCAAGCGCGUCACAGCGUCCAUGCUCAAGCAGGUCGUGGAGAGGGACGACCAGUGGGAUUUCCUGCGCGAGAUCGUCGGCAAGGUGGAGAACGAGAAGGAGGGCAAGCCCAAGCCGACCAAGGGCGAGAGCGAGAGCGACGAGGACGCGUUCGAGCCCAAGAAGAAAGGUCGGGGCGGUCGCAGGAAGAAGGGGUCGGUUUAA